AUGCCGAACGAUGAGUUGCGACGGCUAUGCAAGCAGGAACGGCAAUUACAGAACGUGAUAGAUGUGAUGAAAGACUUCGUUAGAAAUUACCAAGAGCGGCGCGAUAAGGGAUCCUUACAAAUGCGUAUGAAUAAGUUGGAUGAAGUGUACAACUUGUUUUGUGAAGUUCGAAUGCGUAUUGAUCUGGUUAUGGAAGACCAAGACCUUGGAGAGGAUUUUGUUGAUCCGGAUGAAUCAGAAGAAGCUCUGGCAACUAGAAUAGCCCGAACGAGAGCCAAAAAAGAGAAGGAAAACGAAGAGAUUCUAAAGAGUUUCAUAAAUGAAUACUUUCAGUUGAAACAUUCGAUUCAACUUCUGUUGAAUCCGCCUGGAUCCAGCUCCUUCGUUGUUCCAGCAGAACCACCCAAUCAACGUUUGCAAGCUCUCUCAAUGAUGCGUGUCAAACUUCCUGAACUCAAGCUCCCUACAUUUAGCGGAAAUCUGCGCGAUUGGAUCACUUUCCGAGACACCUUCAAGAAUUUGAUAUCAGACAAUACACAGCUUACCGACAUAGACAAGUUCACAUACCUACGAACGUCUUUGUCAGGAGAAGCGCUGCAGGAAAUCUCUUCGAUAGAACAGACGGCCGCGAACUAUUCUAUAGCUUGGAGACGCCUAGAAUCUCGCUAUGAAAACAAAAAACUUCUUGUUAAAUCCCAUCUGGAUGCUCUACUAGCAAUCGAACCUAUGAAAAAGGAGAGCUUCGGAUCGUUAAACCACGUAAUAAACGAAUUUGACAAACAUUUGCAAAUGUUACAUAAGCUUGGUGAAAAUACGCCCGAUUGGAGCACUAUCUUAGCACAUAUGUUGGCUGGUAAGCUAGACACCACAACACUUCGCUUAUGGGAGACAGAACAUCGAUCACGCGAUGUGCCCAGAUAUUCCGCUAUAUUAGAAUUCCUAAAAAAUCAUUGUAUCGUUCUUCAGUCGGUAACUUCCGAUCGUUCAAUUUGUCAGUCGCAUGAAUUGAAAAGAUCAUCACGAUCUUUCAGCAGCUACACGAGUUCAGCUCAAGAAGGUUGUCCGUUUUGCGGUGAAGCUCAGCAUCAAGGUUUCCAGUGUAGGAAGUUCAAAUCCAUGAAGGUAGAUGAAAGGAGGAGUGCAGUAAAGGCGAGUCGAUUGUGUUUUAACUGCUUGUCUCGUGGUCAUGUAUCCAAAUCCUGUUCUCGUGGAUCCUGUCGGCUAUGUGGUCAACAACAUCACACGAUGCUGCAUCAAGGUUCAACACAGCCUGGCAGCAACGCACCAGGAGUACUACCGAACAAACAACCGCAAUUGACCUCGCAAAACCCACACACGACUCAGACACCAUCAACCUCACACACACAGAACCCAACACAAACUCAUCAGCAAUUAUCUAAUCGAAUCAAUACCAAUUCAUUGCACUUUCCUACGUCAAGCAAACAAGCUCAGACGCCACCCAAUCCAGACACAACCUUUAGUCACAACGCUGUUCUCUCUGCUUUUGAAACCAAGGCAUCACGAACGGUUCUACUCGCAACUGCUCUCGUGAUACUUGAAGACCAUUAUGGGAAUUCCACCUUAGCUAGAGCCUUGCUUGAUAGUGGCUCACAGCUAUGUUUUAUGACGGAAAAUCUGUCACAGAAGCUUAGAUUCAAGCGCUCCCGUGAAAUCCUCUCGAUCAGUGGGAUUGGACAAGCUACGAAAAACUGCAAACAAUCCGUCAUCGCUCGUAUUCGAUCCCGAGUAUCCUGUUUCACAGAAGAGGAAGUUUUUUAUGUUUUACCGCAAGUCACGCAAAAUCUUCCAAUUUCAAGGAUUCUUGUGAACGAUUUAGUAUUGCCCAAAGAUGUAGUAUUAGCAGACCCAAGGUUUUCUGAACCUGGUUCGAUCGAUUUGAUAAUUGGUGCUGGCUUGUUCUUUGAUUUAAUGAUAACGGAUAAGAUCAGGCUUGGGAGCCAGGGUCCUGUGAUGCAAAACACAGAACUUGGAUGGAUAAUAAGUGGUAAGGUUUCGGAUAACCCAAAUCAUUGUAGACCAAUGGUAGCCAACACAUGUAGUGAACGACUUAAUGAUUUAUUAAGCAAGUUCUGGGAGCUAGAAACUUGCCACUCAACCGAUAUACUGUCCGUCGAGGAAUCGGCUUGCGAAACUUGGUUUGACCGCACCACUAUAAGAGACUGUACUGGAAGAUUUGUUGUAUCACUGCCUAAAAGAGACAACGUUAUUGCUCAAUUGGGAGAUUCAAAACAGACAGCUCUUAAACGGUUCCUCUCAUUAGAAAAACGCUUAGCGACCGACAUUACAACUAAGCUUAUGUACACACAGUUUAUGGAGGAAUACCAUAGACUUGGACAUAUGCGUGAAAUUCUAGAGGAUGAAGAAUGCAUAGCACCUCAAUAUUUCAUACCACACCACUGUGUUCUCAAACCGGACAGCAUAACAACCAAGUUGCGCGUGGUGUUCGACGCUUCGUGUUCGACCAAUAAUGGACCGUCACUCAACGAUGCCCUGAUGGUGGGGCCUACAGUACAAGACGAUCUCGUAUCAAUCGUGUUGCGAUUUAGACUGCAUAGAUUCGCAAUAGUUGCAGACAUUGAGAAAAUGUAUCGGAUGAUACAAGUCCAGCCCAACGACUGUCGUCUGCAGCGUAUUUUUUGGAGAAGCACUCCGAAUGAGUUUAUUUGUAUGUUCGAGUUAAGCACCAUUACUUACGGGACUGCUUCGGCUCCAUAUAUUGCAACUAAAUGUUUACCCCGACUAGCUGAACUUGAUGGAAGUAAAUUUCCAGAGCCGGCUAGAGUAUUAGCAAAUGACUUCUAUGUCGACGAUAUGAUAUCUGGCGUGGACAACAUCGGAGAUGGUAUUCGUUUGUGCGAGGAUAUCCAGAGACUACUUGGUGGCGGUGGAUUCACACUUCGAAAAUGGAGUUCCAACUGUAAAACGAUUCUAAAGCGGAUACCCGAUGAAUUCAAGGAUGAUCGAACAUCAUUUGAGCUCGACGAUUCAAGCGCAACCAUAAAAACGCUUGGUCUCGUAUGGGAGCCUAGAUUAGAUAGUUUCAAAUUCAAGAUUCCAACGUGGAAUUGUUCUGAAAUUUGCAAACGAACUGUCCUAUCUGAUUUGGCCCGAAUAUUUGAUCCUCUUGGACUAGUCAGUCCAAUAGUCAUUUCGGCUAAGAUAUUCGUCCAGUCCCUCUGGAAGCAGAAGGUAUCUUGGGACGAUGCUCUUACAGCCGACCUCCAGAAACAAUGGAUAGAUUUUCGGAAAAGUUUGGACGAUCUAGUCAACGUAAAGGUUCCCCGCUGGGUCGCAUUCAGCAAAGAUUGUCGUUCCAUUCAACUUCACGGAUUUUGCGACGCCUCCACAAAGGCUUAUGGAGCAUGUUUAUAUUUGCGAUGUGAGCAGAUUGACGGAAGUUUCUCAUCACAUUUGCUAGUGGCAAAAUCUAGAGUUGCCCCAAUGGAGGACCUGGGAAAACGGAAAAGAAAACAGUCAAUUCCCCGGUUGGAAUUAUCAUCUGCCUUGUUACUCGCUCAUCUCUACGAAAAGUGUUCUACUAGUCUGAAAAUAAUUGCACGUCCGUACUUUUGGACUGAUUCAAUGAUAGUUCGAUAUUGGUUGUCUUCUAGUCCGUCACGGUGGCAGCAGUUUGUUGCAAACAGAGUGUCAGAAAUACAACACGCAACUCGAGAUGGUGUAUGGAAUCAUGUGCCUGGUACGGAGAAUCCAGCCGAUAUGUUAUCGCGAGGUGUAACUGCAGAUCAGAUAAGCGGAAAUUACCUCUGGUGGUACGGACCGUUGUGGUUACGCAAGGAUGAAACCAGCUGGCCAGGUGUGGUAAAUGUGACAGAAAAUGAAAUCGAUCCUUCGGAGUUGGAACAAAACGUGAGCGUUUCCAUGACAAUCAAUAUUGUUUCACCAAGUGAAAUAUUCGGUCUUAAAUCAUCGUUGUCAAGUCUUAUAAGAAUCACAGCUUGGUUACUCCGAUUCAAACAUAACGCACAGGAAUCUGACCACAACAAACGUCGUUAUGGGAUUAUAACACGUGCUGAACUAGAUACGGCUCUUCUCCAUCUAGUAAGGAUCGCACAGCGAGAACGUUUUCAUCAAGAAAUUAAAGAUUUGCAAAGAAACGGUCAAGUGAGUUCGUCAUCUCGCAUCAACUCUCUUCACCCAAGGCUACAGGAUGGUGUUCUUCACGUGGGUGGCAGACUAGAGAAUGCUAAUAUUUCAAUCGGACGAAAACAUCCGAUUAUACUCGAUAAAGAUCAUCCACUCACAAUGCUAGUAAUGCUGCACUAUCAUCACAAGUUACUGCAUGCAGGCCAACAACUACUAAUUGCUAGAGUUCGUGAUCAAUUUUGGCCACUUAGCAUUCGUAGUCUAGCAAGGCAGACUGUAUACCGUUGUGUAAUUUGUUUUCGAAAUAAACCGACGGUUCACGAUCAACUGAUGGCGGACCUACCUUCAGAGCGUGUGACUCCAGCUCCCCCCUUUGCUCGUGUCGGUGUUGAUUUUUGUGGUCCGUUUAUGAUCAAAUACCCUAAUCGACAACGGGUUCCUGUGAAAUAUUAUGCUGCAAUAUUCGUCUGCUUGGUAACGAAAGCAGUGCAUAUCGAAAUGGUAGUCGAUUUAACAACAUCUGCGUUCUUGGCCUCUCUUAAAAGAUUCGUCGCAAGACGCGGCAUACCCGAAAUCGUAAUGUGUGACAAUGGCAGCAAUUUUGUUGGUGCCAAACGAGAACUCGACGAGCUUCGCAGAACCUUUUUAUCGCAGCAAUCUCAGCAAUCAAUCUUAUCUGAAGCAGCGGAUUCCGGUCUGGAAUUCCGUUUUAUACCACCAAGAACUCCGAACUUUGGUGGUCUGUGGGAGGCUGCUGUAAAAUCAAUGAAGCAGCACCUGCGAAGAGUCAUUGGUUUGAAAAUCCUAACCCCGGAUGAGUUGCAGACAGUCCUGGCGCAGAUUGAGUCCUGUUUAAACUCGAGACCACUUAAGCCGUUGAGUAACGAUCCAUCAGACUUCGAAGCAUUGACGCCCGGGCAUUUCUUGAUACAACGCCCGCUAACCGCUAUACCAGAGCCAGCCCUCCGCGAAGUUCCGGAACCCCGAUUAUCACGAUGGCAACGAGUACAGGAAUGUCUACAGCAUAUCUGGGAUAAAUGGCCUACACAAUAUUUAUCAAAUCUGCACAGUAGAACUAAAUGGACAAGACAGCGAGAAAAUCUUUUCGUUGGAACGAUGGUUUUAGUUAAGGACGAAAACCUUCCUCCACUCAAAUGGGCUCUCGGACGUGUAACAAGUAUCACUCGUGGAAACGAUGGAAACAUCAGGGUUGUUACUGUCAAAACAAAGUAUGGUAGCUUUUCCCGAGGCAUCUCUAAGAUUUGUCCUCUGCCCAUUUGCGAUAAUGAUAACACAUCUGUACGAGGGGAAAAUUGA